AUGAGUAUACCAUCCCAUUGCUCACGGGCGGCCGCCCGGACCUGCAUACGGAAUGCCGAAUUCGUUGCAGCACCUAGGCGCGCGUUCACCUCGAGCGCUCGCCGCGGCCUCCCCACCUUCAUCGAAACCCUCAACACCGAACUCAACUCUGUCCUCUCCACAAUACGCACCAAGAUCUUCCUCCCCGCGCACCUCAACCGCGAGCAACUCGACCUAAUCUACAAGCCCGUCUACAUCCCCCGGCUUUCCAGCCCGACCGAGCCCGUCUACGCCUCCAUCGGCGGCGAAGACAUCCCCCUCGAGCACCUCAACCGCGUGCGCGACCUCCCGCGCACCUGGCCAAUCUUCAACGCCGCGCUCUCCGCCGCGCAAUCAAAGCAGGACUGGGCGAACAUCGUGACCAUGCUGGAGGGCUUCAAGUCGUCGAAGCGGAAGCUCAAGAGCGCGUGGUUGCAGAAGUUCGUGCGGCGGGCCAACAUGGCGGGCCGGCAGGCGGUGGUGCUGCAGGCGCUGCAGCGGGUUGAGCAUACGGGGCUGAGUCUGGGGGAUCAGGGGGUGCUGGAGACGGUGCUGGCGGGGAUCGUGGAUCUGGCUGUGGUGCAUAAAUGGGGGCAAGAGCAUACGAAGAAGGCGCUGAGUUAUGCGGAGCAGGUAGCUGCGUGGAUGGAGCAGCCGGAGCAUUGUGGACGGGCGUGGGUCGGAAAGUCGGAUCCGAGGGCGAGCGCGGCGGUUAUUGGGGUCCUGGUUGAGCUGUCGGCGGUGCUGGCGACGAGGUUUGAGGACAGGUUUGAUGAUGAUGGGAAGGUUAGGAUGUAUACGGAGAGGUUGCUUGCGGCUAUAGAGCACCAGGGCGGCGCUGAGAAGGCUAUACCGCCGGCACCAGAGAAUGUGAAGGAGGCACCUGGGUACAUGCGGAAAUGGAUACCUGUGUGGCACGGCUUGAAGCUUGUCCCUGAUAUCACAGGCCACAAUACCCAAGAAAUCGUUCGCCUGCUCGAGCAGAGAAUCGACGCCGCAGCGGACGUUGUAAGGACUCAGAGACCUGAAGGGGAGAACAACGGUGCUAUCAAGUUCUGGAACGAGCUUCGACAGUAG